AUGAAACCUCAGAUACAACUCGCUCCCCUUAAACAAGUCAAAUCUGCCGGAAAAUACAUUCUCGAAAAAGAAAUCGGAACCGGUGGUUUUGCAAAGGUAUUUAUGGGAUCCAGCGCCAAAAGUAACGAGAAAUUUGCUAUCAAAGUUAUUAAGCGCGAACAAGCUAAAGAGCUCGAUACUAUGUCUUAUGUUGAAAAUGAACUCAGGAUAAUCUCCCGCUUAAACCAUCCAAAUAUUGUUAAAGUAUAUGACAUUAUUUAUACAGAUGACUCAAUUCUCAUUGUUAUGGAAUAUAUGGCUAAUGGAGAUCUACAAAGAUUUAUAGAUGACAACUAUUGCUUCAAUAUAGAAGAUCAAGUUCGCAUUGCCCUUGAAAUUUUGGAAGCAUUGGCAUAUCUUCACCAACGAGGCAUUAGCCAUCGUGAUAUUAAACCCGCAAAUAUUAUGUUUGACAAAGAGAUGCAUGCAAAGCUCAUCGAUUUCGGAUUAUGUCGUGAAAACACAAACAUUAUGAAAACAAUUUGCGGCACUCAACUUUUAAUGGCUCCAGAGGUCCUUUUAAACCAUUCAUAUGAUGGCAUUAAAGCCGAUAUUUGGUCGUAUGGUGUUACCCUUCAUAUCAUGGCAACACGUCAUAUACCUUUUGUCAUUAAGAGUGAGUCUCAGUUUGUUCAUGAUUGCAAAUCCAACAAUUUAGCAAUUAACAUCCGCUGCGGUGGCGUCAUUGGGUGGCUUGUCCAGGCUUGCUUACAAACUAAUCCCGAUGAAAGAUUAACAGCUGUUCAAUUACUCGAGUUUAUUAAAUCUCAACAGACGGCGGCCGUUGCCCCAAUUCCAGUUGCAAGAUUAACCGUUGUAAAGCGCGCAAAUACAUCAGCACAAAUCCAAAAAGUUAAAUUACACGCAAAUACUCCUGUUAUAAUUAGAUCUCGAGUAUGCAGUGAAGGAAAUCUUGCAGCACGAAUCAAUGCCCACCAUGAACUUCCAAAAAUACAUGAAAAUUAG